AGUUGAUAACAACCUUCGCUCGCGGUAGGACGUGCUCGCUCAGAAGUGAAUCUUUGACAGACUAUAAUUUUCAAAUUUUAAACCAAAAUGUAUUCAACCAAUGGAACAACGGAAGCUUCUUCACCGGUUCGUGUCGUGGACCUCCGAUCGGACACAAUAAGCGUUCCGACGGCCAACAUGCGUAAAGCAAUCUUCGAAGCGGCCGUUGGAGAUGACGUCUACGGUGAGGACCCAACGGUGAAUGAACUAGAACGUCGAUCGGCCGAAUUGUUCGGUAAAGAGGCGGCCCUGUUUGUGCCAAGCGGUACGAUGGGCAAUUUGUUGGCUGUGAUGGUCCACUGCAACAGGAGAGGUUCUGAGGCGAUCGUCGGAGACAUGGCUCAUGUGUUUCUGUAUGAGCAAGGCGGAUCGGCUCAACUUGCCGGUGUUUCGUUGAACAACAUCAAGAACCAACCGGAUGGUACGUUCUGUCUGGACGAACUGCGAAGGAAAUUUCGCGGAUUCGAUGUUCAUGAACCGAAAACAGAAUUGGUGCUGGUUGAAAAUACUCACAACAUAUGUGGAGGAAAAGUGAUUCCACUGCAAUGGAUGGAAGAUCUUGCCAAAAUUUGCAAGGAACAGUCUGUCAAAAUUCACAUGGAUGGAGCACGCGUUUUCAACGCCGCGAACUACUUGAAUAUUCCAGUAUCGCGUGUUGUUCGGGACGUAGACUCGGUUUGCUUCUGUCUUAGCAAAGGUCUGGCCUGUCCCGUAGGAUCAGUCCUGGUCGGAUCCAAGGACUUCAUCAAACAAGCCCACCGUCUGCGGAAGGCCCUCGGAGGUGGUAUGCGUCAGGUAGGAUUCCUGGCAGCGGCAGGAUUGGUUGCUUUGGAUGAAAUUGUACCCAAGCUGAAUUUGGACCAUGACCGCACGAGAAGAAUCGCUGAAGCUAUUCACGCCAUGAAUAGUCCGCUGUUCGCGGUUGAUCUGAAAAAUCUACACACCAAUAUUCUGAUGGUGCAGAUACUGACUGGUAAAAUAAAAUCGUGUGAUUUUACUAAGCGACUGGGAGAAGUUACUCCUAAGGAGAUCGCAGAUGGCGUCACGGAUGCUGCUGGAAUGGGCAUCAGCGUCAAACUCAGCGCACGUGAUUGGGCAUUUUCACGGAUUGUUGUCUAUACCAACCUGACGGACGAAGAUGUGGAUUUGGCCAUUCGAAAGAUCAAAUAUGUCAUUGAAGAAUAUCAGACAAUAUUGAAGUAAAUGUGCU